AUGCUUGUACAGCCGGAAGAGCCAAUUCGGCUCUCCUCCAGCGACAAGAAGCUAAGCCGUGAAGUGUAUAUUCUGCAGCGAGUCCAAAAAAAUUACCCACUGCCAUCCAUAAGUGAUACCGUUUCGCUUCUUUUUCUUCCCCAGCCCUGCGAAGACCACGCGUUUUCUCCUAUCUCACAUCGAGAGGAGACAGAAACCCGUGAGCGUCUAGGGUUCCAGCAAGUCGCCGCUCCUCUGCCGCCUGUCCGGCCGCUCCCUGCGUCCGCCCUCGUCUUGCUCCAGCACAACAACUCGACCCCCCCCCAUCCUGAACCCCGCUUCCUCUGGACAGUCUGCCGGCGGCGAGGCAAUAUUCCGGUGAGGCGCAGCUCCUUGUUUCUUCUUCCCGUGUCCCGGUCUGAGGAGGACUCGAAUCGCAUCCCCGACCAGCAAGCCACCCCCUUUUGUGCUGCUCACGGCCGGCCGAAUCUUUUCCUGAGGAUCGCGAUUGCAUUUUACUCAAAAAAGAAUAUACAUGGUUCGGAGUUGAAAAAUGCAACUACUGGACUUGGAUGGCUUGAUGAUAGGCAAACGGUUGAUUGUUCUAAAGAAUGGUGGGAUGAACACAUUGAGAGAUGCAACAAUGCUGAAAAGGGUAUCAAGUGCAACGAUAUGAAGUUUAGAAAGCAUGGAGUGAAGCAUUUGGAUGAUUUGCACAUAAUGUUUGCUAAGAUACAUGUAACAGGUUCAAGUGCAGGCUGUCCUGGAGAUGUGUCCAGUGCUAAUGACAGUGAUGAGGAUGUGAUUGUGGUGCAGCAAACUAAUGAUAGUCCUGAAAUAAAGUUAGCUCCUUUGAAGAAACCAAAAACAAGCAAGAAGCGCAAGGAAUCCUCAAAUGCAAGCGAAGAGAAAGAUGAGAAAAAUCCCUUCUAUAGGUCGUACAAGAGCACUUGUGGUAGGAUCGGAGCUGCAGCUGACAAUAUAUCCUCAAGUGUUCAAGCAUCAUCAGCUCCUCAUCCAACCAGCCAUGUCCCUAGUAUUGCAGAUGUCAUGCAAAUGGUCAAAGAUUGUGGGGUGCAAGUAGGAACUGCUUUGAUGCACACAGCCACCAUGUUGAUCAUGAAGCCUGAUUUCAGAGAGAUAUUCAGUAAGCUUCAGACAAAAGAAGGGCGAUUGAUUUGCUAGAGAGAGAGCCGAAGAAGAGCAUGUAGAAUCCUUUUUUCUGUUGUUGUUUGCUGUGAACCGCUAUUGUGUCGUGUUGACAAGGAUUAUUUUCUGUUCUUGAGAACCGUUAUUUUCUGUUGUUGAGAAUCGUUAUUGUGUUUUGUUGAGAACCGUUAU